AUGAAACUUAUAGUUUGCAAUGAACUUCAAAGUAUAGAUACAACAAAAGUUUUGAACUCAGAUGCUUUGAAGAGUCUUAUAACAGACAAAGUUGGAGUUGUUGAAAGAAAGUAUAAAGACCAAAGAGUUUGUGAAAAUGUUGCAAACUUCAUUAUGGUUUCAAACAAUGUUGUUCCGAUGAAGUUAGAAAGUUCUGACAGAAGAUAUGUAGUUGUCAGAACGUCAGAUUCUCAUAUGCAAGAUACAGAAUAUUUUGACGACUUAGCAGAAACUUUGACAUCUGACUUUUACAACCACUUGUUCUCAUACUUUAUGACAUUAGAUAUUUCUAAGUUCAAUCCAAGACAAAUUCCACAUACCGAAGAGAGACAAACAUUGUUAGAAGCAAACAAGAGUGUAUAUGAACUGUUCAUAGAUGAAACUGACUUUGUGUCAUUAGAUGAAAGGUCAUUGUACGAUUCGUAUAAACAAUAUUGUCAAGAAUAUGGUUAUAUGGCAGCUUCUAAACGAACAUUCUUGGCAAAUGUCAAAAGUCUUUUAGAUGUUCAGAAUGGUGUAUAUACAAAGAAAAAUUUUUCUGAGUAA